GAGUAUUAUAUUCCCUGUCUACAUGUGUUGCGCCGCUUUUGUGUGAUUCAAUAAGAUGUUGUAAUAGGUUUUUUUUGUAGGGGAUAAGGAAUACGUGCCUGUCAUUGUUAUAUUCCCUGUUUACAUGUGUUGCUCCACUGUUUGUGUUUACACUACCAUUAAACUCAGAGGCGAAGGCAAAGCUGUGGUUGUUUUAAAUACAUUAUGUAUUUUAGUUUGACAGUACAUUUCAAUUGGAUUGGAAAAUUCCCAACAUAACUGACGUUAACUGAUUUGUGGUAUACAAAAAAAAAAGUAUGAGUCAGCUUUUGUUUCAAACCCAAUUUGAUCAAAAUCUAUUCAAGCGCUGUUUAAACUAAUAAUGAAUUGAACUCUAACCGAGGAUUAAAUCAACAAUUUCAUUAAGAUUAAUUGUUUGGAGCUGUUAUUUCACUUGAAAAUUGUCCAAACCCUCUGACCUCAGUGAACAUUCUGAUCACCUUCAAUGAAAAUACGACAUUUGCAAACAGCUGCUUUUACUUUGGGAAAACAAUGAUCACCAUUUUCACUUAUUUUCUGACUCUACAGACUGAACAAGUAACAACCAUAAUUGAUCUAUGAGGGGGGAAAAAUAAUUGAAACUAUUAUAAAAGUUGUUUGCAGCUGUAGUAAGAAUGUAAUUACAGCAACCUAAGCAAAAAAUAAAUUAUUUCUUAAAUGAUUUAAUUAUAUAAAGUAUGUAUACUAUACAUGUAUUUCUACUAUGUAGUUUAUUAUCUGGAAAAGCUAAAAAAAAUCACUUAAAAAUAUUUAGGAUUGGAACGCAUUAUUUCAUUUUCCAUUCAUUUUCAUGGGAAAAUGUGCCGUGGUUUUCAAAUGUUUUGGUUUUCAACCAGCCUUCUGGAACGGAUGGUGUUUGAGAACCAAGGCACGACUGUACUAUAUUAUGCAACAAUUUUCAGAGCCACUUAUCCUAAAAAGGAUUGCAGGCGUGCUGGAGCCUAUCCCGGCUAUCUGCAGGCAGGAGGCAGGGUACACCCUGAACUUGGCAAUUUAUUAAUGCAUGUUUUUUUUGGGGUGUGGGAGGAAACCGAGUACCCGGAGAAAACCUACGCAGGCACAAGGAGAACGUGCAAACUACACAGACGAAGGCGGGGCUGGGAUUUGUUCCUUCAGUUCUCAGAACUGUGAAGCAGACGCCCUAACCACUUGCUCAUCAUUCCGCCUACAAUACGAUUAAAUAUAUAUAUUUUGGGAAUAAAAUCGGCCUUAUUUGUGUACUAGUAAUUUGGGAGGUGUUAACAGUUGAGAACCACUGGACUGUAAUUUAGCCAUUUACAGUAUAAAUACAUAAGCGUCGUGUGGUUUUAACUGAUGGGAAUAUGACUGCAAAUGUAUGCGUAGAAAAUUAAUAUCGGACAUUUAACAGUGUCAGUAACCGCUGAGCAUUGGGCUAACCGUAUUAUGAUUGCAUUAUAUUGGGGUACAGUUUUCGCGUCUGCUCGUGACACAAAUCCACGUCAACCGUCGGUAUACGCCUACUUGAACGACGUGACUUAAAUGUCGCAUUACCGCAAAAAAAUUGACAUAUUUUCACGCGGGAGCGAGAGUCCAAAGAUGGCUAAGCGUGAAUGCUAAGGGUCAAGCUAGCCGAGCUAGCAUGGAGGUAAAUGAUAAAAAUGGGGGGGGGGAGACAAAAAUAAUAAUAAUAGUAAUCUCUCGGUAGCGAGUUUGGGAGUUGUACCAUCUUGGGCGACGAAAGAGAAGUUAAAAAAAUAAAAGAAAAAAGAAACAUUCCGUAGACCCACUUUGUGGACGUCGUGCCCGGCUUACUGCGGUGGUUCGGAGUGGGGGCUCCACCAGCCCAGUCGUGUCGUUACUUUCCGGCAUUGGCCAACUUUUAACUCGGACUGCGUGCGGAUGCGGGGCGGAGGAGGGGAGGAGAAAAAAAAAGGGAGGCUGGGCCAGCCAGCGGAAUGCUACGUGUCUCGGAGGCCCUUUUUAAAGCCCCCCUCGUCGCCUUCGUUUUUCGGAUGAAAAAAAGGAGGAAAAAAAAAAAGUGAACGAACGACGACCGAGUCCAGCGCUAUCCCCAGGCCCCGUGUGCGAAUCGCAGCGAGCGCCGUGUCCAGCAGCCCCGUCGGUGGUGUCACCCUCGUCUGGAAAUGUCCGGAGUGAAGAAGCCUCGUACGAACCUCAGCAGGUCUACCAAUGUGGUCUACCAGGCCCACCAUGUUAGCCGGAGCAAGAGGGGCCAGGUUGUGGGCACCAGGGGGGGGUUCAGAGGCUGCACUAUCUGGCUUACAGGUUUGUCCGGAGCAGGAAAAACUACAAUCAGUUUUGCCCUCGAAGAGUUCUUGGUCUCCCAUGCCAUCCCUUGUUACUCACUGGAUGGCGACAACAUUCGUCACGGCCUGAACAAGAAUUUGGGCUUUUCCACCGAGGACCGUGAGGAAAACAUCCGCCGCAUCGCUGAGGUGGCCCGACUGUUUGCGGACGCUGGACUCGUUUGCAUCACUAGUUUCAUCUCCCCCUUUGCCAAGGAUCGAAACGAGGCCAGGAAAAUCCACGCAAGUGCGGGACUACCGUUUUUCGAGGUGUUUAUCCACGCUCCCUUGGAGGUGUGUGAAAGCAGAGACGUAAAAGGACUCUACAAGAAGGCUCGAGCUGGCGAGAUUAAAGGUUUCACAGGAAUCGAUUCUGAAUAUGAGCGCCCGGAGGCAUCCGAGCUGGUGCUGAAAACCGGAGAGCUCUCUGUGAAUGAGUGCCUCCAACAAGUGCUGGAGAUGCUCCGCGAGCAGAACAUCGUGCCGGGUGAGAUCAUGGAGGAGGUGAAUGAACUAUUUGUUCCAGAGAAUAGGGUGAAUCUCGCCGUGGCCGACGCGAGCACGCUGCCUACCGUCGGCAUCACCAAGUUGGACUUGCAGUGGGUGCAGGUUUUGGCCGAGGGCUGGGCCAGUCCUCUGAAGGGCUUCAUGAGAGAGCGAGAGUUCCUCCAGGUCUUGCACUUUGGGAACCUCUUGGAUGGUGGCGCCAUCAACAUGUCCGUCCCCAUCGUCCUGCCCGUCAGCACCGAGACCAAGCAAGAGCUGGACGGCUGUGCGGCCAUCGCGCUGGAGUACGGGGGGUCGCGGGUGGCUAUUCUUCGGAACCCGGAGUUCUAUGAACACCGCAAGGAGGAACGCUGCGCACGACAGUGGGGAACAACGUGUCCGCAACAUCCUUAUAUCAAGAUGGUUAUGGAAGGAGGCGACUGGCUGGUUGGUGGUGACUUGGAACUGCUCGAGCCCAUCAAAUGGAACGACGGACUGGACCAGUAUCGCUUUACUCCGCGGGAGCUCAAGCAGAAGUUCAAAGACAUGAAAGCGGAUGCAGUAUUUGCAUUUCAGCUGCGCAACCCAGUCCACAACGGCCACGCCCUCCUGAUGCAGGACACCAAGCGGCGGCUCCUGGAGCGCGGCUACAAGAACCCGGUACUCCUGCUGCACCCGCUUGGCGGCUGGACCAAAGAUGAUGACGUGCCCCUGGACUGGCGCAUGAAGCAGCACGCCGCCGUUUUGGAGGAGGGCAUCCUGGACCUGUCCAGCACCGUUGUGGCCAUCUUCCCGUCGCCCAUGAUGUACGCCGGACCCACAGAGGUGCAGUGGCACUGCAGAGCCCGCAUGAUCGCAGGGGCCAACUUCUACAUCGUCGGUCGGGACCCCGCGGGCAUGCCCCACCCGCAGACCAAGAAGGACCUUUACGAGCCCACGCACGGAGGCAAAGUGCUGACCAUGGCGCCGGGCCUCACCUCGGUGGAGAUCAUCCCCUUCAGGGUCGCUGCCUACAACAAGUCCAAGAAGGCCAUGGACUUUUUUGACCCAGAGCGUCACGCCGACUUCGAGUUCAUCUCCGGGACCAAGAUGAGAAAUUUGGCACGCAGCGGAGAGAACCCGCCGGACGGCUUCAUGGCCCCCAAGGCCUGGAAGGUGCUGGUGGACUACUACAACUCGCUGCAAAAGGACAAGUAACCCCAGCGCGACGCUGCUCAACUUCUGCAAGACAAUGAGGGUUAUUAUCAGUUAGUUAGCUGUGCUCAAUUUUGACGGCCAGUAUAAUAAGCAAAGCGGCAUUCUAACUCACGCGGGUGUUGGGGGAACCUUUUACCAAAUCAAAAGUACUUUGAAGUCGUUGACGGACAUUCCUUUUAAACUCGUCUUGAUUGAUCAAUCCAUUGUGCAAUUGGACUCCCUUGCCAAUUUAUUCCGCUCGAGUCCAACUCCUCUGAGAUAAAAUAUUUCAAACUGGUUCGGUACAAACGGACGAUGAUACAGUCUGCCCUAUGAAUUGGCAAGUGGACAUGAAUGCGAACGCGCCGUGUAUUUUACACUGCAGAGGUCACAUGCAGUGAAGAAAAUAAGUAUUUGAACAGCCUGUUAUAUUGUAACUUCUCCCACUUUGAAAUCAUGGAGGGGUCUGAAAUGGAAAACCAAUGUUUAUAUUCUGUACAGUAGCCUUUGUUUGCAAUUACAGAGGUCAAACGUUUCCUGGAGUUUUUCACCAGGUUUGCACACACUGCAGGUGGGAUUUUGGCCCACUCCUCCACACAGAUCUUCUCUAGAUCAGACAGGUUUCUGGACUGUCGCUGAGAAACACGGAGUUUCAGUUCCCUCCAAAGAUUUUCUAUUGGGUUUAGGUCUGGAGACUGGCUCGGCCACGCCAGAACCUCGAUAUGCUUCUUACGGAGCCACUCCUUGGUUUUCCUGGCUGUGUGAUUCGGGUCAUUGUCAUGUUGAAAGACCCAGCCAGCCACGACCCAUCUUCAAUGGUCUGACUGAGGGAAAGAGGUUGUUCCCCAAAAUCUCACAAUACAUGGCCGCGGUCGUCCUAUCCCAUGUGCAGAAAAACACCUCCAAAGCAUGAUGCUACCACCCCCAUGCUUCACAGAAGGGAUGGUGUUCUUGGGAUGGAACUCAUCAUUCGUCUCCCUCCAAACACGGUGAGUGGAAUUAUGAAAAAGUUCCAUUUUAGUCUCAUUUGACCACAAAACUUUCUCCCAUGACUCCUCUGUAUCAUCCAAAUGGGUCAUUGGCAAACUUAAGACGGGCGUUGACAUGUCCUGGUUUAAGCAGGGGAACCUCGCCUGCCACGCAUGAUUUCAAACUAUGAUGUCUUAGUGUAUUACCAACAGUUACCUUGGAAACGGUGGUCCCAGCUCUUUUCAGGUCAUUGACCAAGUCCUGGCGUGUAGUCCUGGGCUGAUUCCUCACCUUUCUAAGGAUCAUCGAGACCCCACGAGGUGAUAUCUCUCACAGUGGAGAUGCACCCACGAUGUAAAUUUCAGAGCCCUCCGUGAUUUCUAAGCGGGAGAACUUGCACUAUAGCAGGGUGUUCAAAUACUUAUUCUCUUCACUGUAAGAAUCUUAUUUUAACUAUGAGCACUAUUUAAUGUACUAUUUGAAGGAUACAUUGGUAAACUUCAUGUAAUGAUUCCGCAUUUUCAUGCGUUUUAAGAUUUGUUUAUUUCUACUAACUUAACGAAAUGCCAUGACUACCUAAAGUGCCUCGAGUUUAUAUUACAUGAGCUCCGAUGUCACACAGCGCAGCAUCCACACAUGUUGAAAGUGCCUUUUCCCGAAAAUCCCAAUGUCGCGUACGUAUCUUUUCACCACAAUGUCCAUAAUUUGCAUUUAAACAGGUACGUUGAUUCAAAAAAUAGAUGAUUAUUAUGAUUAUUGGUGGACUGUCAUCUACUAUCAGGUCACUGUUUUGCCAUGUUACUCAGACAACGCGUUGUUUGUAUUUGUGAGAAAAUAAUCUUUUUUUUUUAAAUUCCAAUAUGGAGGUAUGGUUCACAGUUUGUCUUUUUAGUAAUCGUUAAUCCUUGCAAUAUUUUCUGUAAAACUAUUGAUGACAUCCACGCGAUUACACAACCAUUUGUGACCCAUUUUUGUCAUUACUCCGCUUCGAAUCAACGGCAACGCCCUCGUUUUUGUUUACCUAUUUUUUAUAAACAUUAUGAAAAGGUCUACACAAGAGCUAAAAAUCUCUCCGGGAACGUUGCUGUGAAAUUGGGCAUUCAAAUGCUUGAAUGUAAGAUGCAGUCAUAAAUAAAACUAUUUGUU